AAAUAUAGGCAGCAUCCCUUCCAGCUCUUGCAUUCAGACCCACAGCUGCCCCAUAAGACACCAAAGCCGCAGCUGCGCUGAUCACUGAUCCAAGGUGAACCCUCACACACACUCACACACACUCCACACCGCCGGAUCUCUGCUGGGAAUAGAGGCGCACCGUCCGAGACGCGAUGUUGGUCAAGCUGGCCGUGGCACUGCUGGUUUUGUCAGUGCUGGAACAAGUAGUUGGAUCGGAUAAUACUGAUAUUCACGACAGCCUCCCGGAGAAGCCUGCCAGCCAGAAAGGACGCCUCUCUCUGCAGAAUACAGCUGAGAUCCAGCACUGCCUGGUGAGUGCUGGGGAUGUCGGCUGCGGCGUGUUUGAGUGCUUUGAGAAUAACUCCUGUGAGAUACGAGGGCUACAGGAAAUCUGCAUGACGUUCCUGCACAACGCUGGCAAAUUUGACUCUCAGGGGAAGUCCUUCAUCAAGGAUGCUCUGAAAUGUAUGGCACAUGGUCUCCGGCACCGAUUCAGCUGCAUUAGCAGAAAGUGUGUGUCGAUCAAGGAGAUGGUGUUCCAGCUGCAGAGAGAAUGCUACAUCAAACACAACCUGUGCUCUGCUGCUAAGGAGAACGUAGCCGUCAUGGUGGAGAUGAUCCAUUUCCAAGAUCUUUUCCCUAAAGGCCCGUACGUGGAGCUGGUGAAUAUUCUCUUGAGCUGCGGAGAAGAAGUGAAGGAGGCGCUGACCCGGAGCGUUCGACUACAGUGCGAGCAGAACUGGGGUGCUCUGUGCGAUAGCCUCAGCCUCUGCUCCGCCCUCGAGCCAUCCCCCUCCAGCUCCGUUGUGGAGCACCACCGCCAUCUCUUGCCUUCCCAAAUGGAGCCGGAGCACCCACGCCCUCCACGGCAAGGAGACAAGGACAAAGCUGGCAGGGCGGGCUCCAACGCUCACCCACGCAGCCGCGGUCAGGGACCCCGACGCCACAGCCCAGAGGCCGGCGUGGUGGCCGAGCAGGAAGACCCCAAGGCCACCGACAUCAGGAGGUGAAAGCUCAAAAGAAUUUUGAAACACCCCCCCACCCAAGCAUUUAAAAGUCACACUUGCAGACUUAAGCACACCUCCACGUAGGCACACACAAUCUCAUACACACACCCACACAUCCUUAGACAUACAGACAAACCCAGACAGACUGAGCUGGAGGACACAAGCCCCAACUUUUCCAGUUCUUCUUCCGCGUCUCCAGUCAUUCCAGCAGCCCCACACAGUAAACUUGCAGGGUAAUUGGGGUGUAGCUUGUACUGUUAUGCCAGACUGUAGGCCACAUUUCUUUUCUUUCUUUUUUGAGUUUUAUUUUAUUGAAUAACAAUUAUUAUUAUUAUCAUUAUUAUUAUUAUUAUUAUUAUUAUUAUUUCAACUGUUAGGACUAUUUUGGCUCUAAUGUAACAUUUCUAAAAUCAUACUUUAUGUAAGAUUUGAUUAUAUUUGUAUUAUUUAUUUUAUUCUUUAUGCCUUGUUGAAAAAAUCUAAAUGUAAAUAGAAAUAUACAUUUAUCUAUAUUUAUAUGAACAUGUAUAAAUAUAGUUACAAUAUGCAAUACAGAUAUAGUAUAGAGGGCCCUGUGAUGGACUGGCAACCUGUCCAGGGUGUGCCCCGCCUCUUGCCUGAUGACAGCCCCCCCCCCCCAUAUGACCCUUAACAGGAUGAAGCGGGUAUAGAAAUGAAUAGAUGGAUGGAUAUAGUAUAAAUGACAUAGUAUAUGGCAUGCUGUUUAUUGUUCUCCUCACAGUAUUGCAUCAUCACACAUUGAGCUGUAUGAUAUGUAACAUACACCAUUUGCUGUUUUAAAUGGGAAUGUGUAUUAUAGUUAUAGAUACUUGAUGAUUCAAUACCAAUUGUACAGGUUUUGUCCAGUUCUGGCACAUAUAAAUUUUCGAGCAUGAUGGCCACAAAGCCAUCAAACUUGUGCAUUCUUAAAGUGAAAGUCCACUCUAAAGAGGAUGUAAAUGUAAAACUAUGAAUAUGAACUGUUACUUCACAAUGGUAUGUAUUGAUAAGUUUCUUGUAAAACUAAAAAUAAGAGAGCCAAGACUGAUCUUCGAUGUCAUGCACCACUGCUGUUUGAGCAGCAGAGGAUGGGAACUAACAAAGCUGAUACAGAUUUUUUUUUCUUUCUUUUUUUUUUCUGAUCUAUAUUGCUUCAGAGGUAUUAGAUAUACUCUGACAUUUGUCACUUUAAUGCAAAAAGAGUUGCAUCAUUCUUAACAGAGCUUCAGAAACUGUCUCCUAAAGGAUUUCUGGUGAUUGUCAUGUGUAUGGCUUCAGGAGGCAUUGCUCUUGUUCACAAUUUAAUACAUUCUCUUUGAGUUGGUUUUCCUUUAACUGCCACCUAUCAGGUGCGGCCAAAAGAGGAUGCUCAAAUUCUAAUGUAAAAAAAAAAAAAGAAAUCACAAACAUCAAGGUGCCUAAACUUGUUAAUGUCCCCAGUGACCGCUUCUCUGUGAUUUAAGCAAGUACCGGUAGAUUAUUCUUGGGUAAGGGGAGAUUUAAUGUUGAGAAAUUUUUGUGAUGGUAUCGAGCCACAAAAGUCUUAGAUUUUGCACUCCGGGUGAUUGCCAAUUUGUGUUUGACAGCUUGAGAAAGAAUACCACAUUAUCAGAGUAGACAACCUCUAAUCAGAGGCCGCGUUACAUCUAAGCAACCUGGUUUUCCUUAUCACCCACAGGACUAAGUCCUGCAUCCCCACAUAGUUCCUUAGGACCAGAUCGAGCCCCUCCUGUAGUCAAGCCAUGCUGCCCCGGCCUGGUGUCCCAGCGUGCAGGAAAGAGACUCGACAGAAGCCUUCCAGAUCUCUGGCGUCUCUAAAUUAGCCCUUAUUCCUCUCUGGUCUCUUACCUAGGUCAGACAUGAAGGCCUGUUAUUCUACUCGUUAGAGCCACAGGCAACACAGCGAGGACCCACGAACUGGGUUAAGUCCACACAUGGGGGCUCUGGCGCUGUUAUUCUAAAUGUUAUAUUUACCGAGGCCACCAGAGAAUUCCUCUGGGUCCCAGCCAAGAGCCAGCAACGCAGGGAGACAGAGAGGAGUGGAGCAAAAAAGGGAGCAGGACCUGCUCUGUGUCCACUUUUUUUUUUUUUUUUUUUUUUUUUUUUAAUAUGAUGUUUCAUUCUGUCUUCUUCAGGACUCUUUUGUCCCUCCUUUUAGUCACAAGCACAACAAACACAAGGUUUUGACUAUUUCAGGACAGACACAUGCUUCAGCGGUAGAAGGGCAGUGUAGGAGCACAUUGCACCUCAUGCUGAGGAGCGCCUGGUGCAAAAAGCAAACAAAUCUUUCAGAUUUGGUGGCUCAGUUAAGAGGUUGUUUUUCUUUUCUUUAAAUAUCUAUGUAAGUUUUUUUUCCCCCCCUCCGAGACAUUAGGAGACUAUAAGUUUAAUUUUUUUUUUUUUUUUUUUUUAAUUAUUGUUCUUUUGUGGAAGUUGGGAAAUCCCAACACAAGACAUAAGCUAAUCCUGUUAAGAAUGUACUGUAUGUGUGUAAAGUGACAAUCUGCUCAGCUCUCUGUCAGUAAGUUUGAUAUGUCUUUUUUGUAAUAUUGUAGUGGCUUGAAUAGCUUUUCUGUAUGGGUUCAGAGAAAAAUAAAACUAACCAUGUUUCCUGUAUUCUCAGUUCCAUUUCCACAUGACUUGUUUUCUUCUCUUUAAGCACAAGCACUCUGUUAUCACUGCUUCAAAACACAGGACGUUGUCUCGUAGUUUUCAGCUCACUUGUAAGACAUUGGGCAAAAAGACCCAAUCAAUAUCUUUGGACUCCUAAAGUCAGAUGUAUCUGCUUAUCAUUAAAAUAU